AUGGCUGUCAUCCUGGGUCUGCUGGGUCCUUUGACUGUGGAGAAGGCAUUAUGGCCUCCUCCAAGUGCACUCCAAAAAGGGAACCACUUCUCCCAUGUGGUACACAGACCCCUCAGACGCCAUUUCCCAUUCCUGGGGAUUAACCCUGCUUCCUCACCAGAGCAGUGGCAGGCACCCCGCCUGAGCAGCUGUCCAGGGAACUGUGCGCCUCCGGUUUCCCGGCAGCCCUGCGCCCUGCGGCUCCCCGCUGACCUGUCCACCUCAGUCCUCUCCAACCUGUCUUUUGUAGACAUCUGCUUCACUUCCACCGCCGUCCCAAAGAUGCUCCUACACAUUCAGACUCAGAGCAAAGAUAUAACCUAUGAGGACUGCAUCAUACAGAUGAACUUUUUCAUAAUCUUUUCAGGGAUGGAUAACUUACUCCUGGCUGUGAUGGCCUAUGACAGGUUUGUGGCCAUCUGUCACCCCCUACACUACACAGUCAUCAUGAACCCCCGGCUCUGUGGACUGCUGGUUCUAGCGUCCUGGGUCACGAGUGUCUUGCAUUCCUUGUUACAAACCUCAAUGGUGUUGCAGCUGUCCUUCUGUACAGAGGUGGAAAUCCCCCACUUUUUCUGUGAAUUCAAACAGAUGAUCCAAGUUGCCUGUUCUGACACCUUUCUUAAUAACUUGGUGAUGUACUUUGAAGCUGUGCUGCUGGGGGGUGCUCCCCUUGCUGGGAUCCUUUACUCUGACUCUAAGAUAGUUUCUACUAUAAUUGGGAUCUCAUCAGCUCAGGGCAAGUAUAAAACAUUUUCCACCUGUGCCUCUCACCUCUCCCUUGUCUCCUUGUUUUAUUGUACGGUCCUGGGAGUGUACCUUAGCUCCGCUGCCACCCAGAGCUCCCACUCCAGUGCUGUGGCCUCGGUGAUGUACACGGUGGUCACGCCCAUGCUGAACCCCUUCAUCUACAGCCUGAGGAACAGAGACAUAAAAAGGGCUCUGAAAAGAAUCGGUGGGUUCCAGUGA